AUGUCGACAAUCACCGGUGGGGUCUCCCAACUCAUAAGGGAAAUAAACACAAGAGAGAAUGAUAGUAGAUCAAAGGGUGCCACGAUUAAAAGCUCGAAGAAUAGUACGGCGAAUAGCUCCGUGAAUGUAUCGGACGAGGAAUUUCAUGAUAGUGUGUCUAUGCGUGCCAAUUCCACGGCAUCACUUAAACCGGAAACAAGGAAUAUUAAUACCAGUCGGGAAAUAGUUAUAAAGAAUACACUGCAAAUUGAUGAACCCAACAACGAAGGUACCGCAUCUGAUGAAGAUGCAGAAGAAAGUCAGAAUUCAUCGAAACAUUCCUUAUCACCAUCUUUAUCAUCCUCUUCUGAAGACCGCACGAAGACUUUGAGUAGCCAAGAGUUGACGAAUGCUGGAAAUAAGUCAAAAGCUGGCAGCGAAAAGACAGAACUUGAUAACAACGAACAGAAGGCGGGUCCGCAUGCGAACGGCACCAUUGCCAAUCCGCUUUGCUCUCAAGAUUCAUUACCGGAAUCUGUUAAUGCUUCCGCUUCUGAAGCAAGUUGUGCAACAUCCGUGACCAAACUACAAAAAAACUUUUCCUUGCUGAAAACGCCGAAAUCGUGGAACCGCAAUAGCAUGAGCGAUGAUAGCAGCGAGAAAGACUCUCACUCAAGUAGGAGCGCUAACCCAGAGGCAGAACAAGCUAAAGAUUUGGAAUCGGCGGAUACCACAAAGGACACAUCGCCUGUACAAUUAUCACCCCGGAGUAUUGGGGAAAAAGAAAACUUUCAAACUCUUGAUCCAAAAGAGCGGACCAACGAUUUGGAGUACAAGAAGACACUCAGAAAAGUCAGUAGUAUAUUAUCACAUCAUAGAAAAUAUUCUUCACAAGACAUACCUUCGCGCUUAUCUAGUUUUUCAAAGGGACACAGCAUCAAUGGAAAUAGUGUAACAAGGGCAUCCAGAGGAUCUAUUUCAAAACAGCCAGAUUCAUCUGAAAGGCUUAGUUCUGGGGUUGUGAGCUUGGAAUAUUCACAGGAGGGACAUUAUGAGGGUAAGGUUUCUUUAUCGGAUAGCAUGAAAAAUUUGAACAUUGGUGGACCGGCACUCAGUCCGAAGAAGCCGGCAAAUUUAAACGCAAUCAAGGAUGCAAAUGAGAGCUCGGAGAAAUUGUUUGAAACUGAGAAGGAUCAUUCAUCUGAACAGAUUAGUAAACAAGUUUUCGGGGAUCAUACAUUGUCAAAGGCUAAAUCAAACGAAUCCGAUCAAGGCGCUCAGGAUGAAAACACUUGCAAUAAAACAGUGGAGAGCAACACUCCGGAAACUAAUGAAAUAACUGAUCUGUGCCCACCCGUUCAGAACUUGUCUGCUCAACAGGGAUCCGGCAAUAAUUCUAUUAGUACAGAAACGAUCGAUAUGCAUGCGAAGAGAGUGGCACAAACUGGCGAGAUUAUGAGAGAUUUAGAGAAGAACUAUAGCAGCUCGAGUGUUUUGAAUCCAGAUAAUGCAGAAUUACUUCCAGGCAAGAACGCUGAAAUUAAAAUGUCGAAUUCUGAUGACCUGGAGGCCAGUAGUGUCAAUGAUGCCGAUGAAGCUGCUGAUACAAAGCUGGGGCAUGCAAAUCGCAUUUCAGUGCCGAAGGAUAGAGAAUCAAAUUCUGGAGAGAGUAAUCAAAGCUCGGAUGAUGGUGAAUUAUAUCAUGGAAGCCCUGAGAUGCCAUUGAGAGUUACUAAGAUUCCGUCCUCGAGAAUUCGGAGUGUUAAAUCAUCUUCUUUUAAGAGUCAGAACUCAUCGUUAACGUCCAAUAGCUCAGCUCAAGAAGGAAUGGUUGCUGAUAUUAUUGAUGAAUAUGAUAGUUAUUCUGAGCCCAAUGAAGAGGAAACAAAGGAGGAAGAUACUUAUGAUGACGAAUAUUCGGAUAAUAGCGAUAUACAGGAGGAAGAGGAAGAUGUCAGUAAUGUUGCAAAAUUAAUGGAGCCACCAAGUCGUCCAGCUCCUAGAAUUGUGCAUAAUUCGGUUCCGAAGAGUUAUAUCAAGGGAAAUGGUCGUAUGGGUAUUAAACAUAAGAAGUCAUUUUCACUGUCUUCUUCUAGUCCAACGGGUGACCAAGUUACACAAAUGCCAACUACCGCCACACCAGCAACUCUUCCUUCCCCUCAGUGGACUACUCAGAAACAAUCUGGGGUUAAGCAUUCUUAUAUUAAAGGAACUUCUCUUCCAAGUACGCCUGAUUUACGCAAAGGGUCUUAUGCAAGGGCUAGGAGUACGUCAAACGGCUUCCAGAGAAAUAAUAGUCGAAGCACAAGCAGGAGUUCAAAUGGUCGAAGCAGUACGAGCAUAAGUAGCAAAAGCAGGACUGGAAGUUUUUCAAGAAGCAACACAAACAGGAGGAAGAAAAUGUUUGGGCAGAUUCAAAACUUGUUUUCCAUUGGAGGUAAUCAAUCAAGAGGAGGGGAGAAAAGAAACAUUUCAGCACCUAUCGGGGUUGUUUUGAAAACACAUGUUACCUUUGACCACGAGACACAGACGUACAAAGAUCUUCCUGAAGAAUGGGCCCGGGUUCUUUCUGCACAAGGAAUAUCCGUCGAAGAGCAACGGAAAAAUCCUGUUGCCAUGAAUCAGGUAAUAAAUUUCUAUAAUGAUAACUUUGGAGAAUCAGAUCAGAAAUAUAUGGCGGUGUCGGCUGGAAGAUUUUCAGAAAAUAGUGGAAAUGAGAACGACAGCAAUAGAGAAACAAAAACUUCAUCAGGCUCAUUAUCGUCAUUCAGCCCUAGAAAUAGCGGCACACAACGGUCUAGUAACAAGCUCCACAAUAAUUAUUCUUCCGAGAAUAGAUCCGGACAUAGCAGCUCGGAAUACAAAACAGGUAAUGAGCACUUUUCGCCGGUAAUUGGGCAAAAUAUUAUAACUGAGAUUCCAAGGACGCGGAAAGACUUGAAGGAUGAAGAGUUUAUACCAAGAAGGCAUGCACCACCACCUCCACCGAAGGCUAUAAAUACUAAGAGGAUAGUCUCGAACUCUCGUAAUCUAUUGAAUCGUGGAAGCAGCCACACUCAAAAAGGUCUGUUUGGAUCUAUAUCGAGACGGUUUCACUCCACGCACGGUGAGCAAAGGCCUAAGAUUGUUCACAUGGCAGAAGGAAUGAGAAAUCCAUCUGGACCAGAGCAGAUUACAUCUCCUCAAAUGAGCCAUGCAGCUGAAAUGCAUUCUGUGUCACCAAUGAACGAUCAAUCUGGUGUUUUCACUCAGCCCGAAACCUUAGCAACUUCUCAAGUCAGCGAACAGGAUGAUAAAUUCGAGAACUUCUUGUCACCCCAUAGACAUGCUCCAUUACCGCCUGUUCCAGUGUUAGAAGGCAUAAAGAAGAAUUCCGAGAAGGAAGAAAAAGGGGUAACUGAGAAAAUUCAGGAACAAAAAUAUACAAGUCUUGAUGAAAAUGAGAAAGAUCAGCCUACUGAGUCUGAACAGACAAAAUUGACCAGUGACUUUUCCAAGAAAGACUUGCCUAAAGAGGAUUUCCAUGAGACAGCAAAGAAGCCGGUCCAUAAAGUUGAGGAAUUAAAAUUGAAGGGGGAAACAAAAGAAAAGACCGCUGGUACAGAUGUCAAGAUUCCACAGAUUCCAACAAAGAAAGCUGUAAAGAGAAGACAACUGACAAGGUCGGAGCAAGAGAGACGCCGUGAGAUAAGAAGAGCAAGAGAUAAGAAAUACAUGAAGAAGUUGACACAGAUAUGCUCCAGCGCAGAUCCACAUUUGAGAUAUAAGGACUUGGUUAAGGUCGGACAGGGUGCCUCCGGUGGUGUUUACACAGCUUAUGAGGUUGGAACAGGAGACAUUGUUGCGAUCAAGGAGAUGGAACUGGAAAAGCAGCCAAAGAAGGAAUUGAUUAUUAAUGAAAUUCUUGUGAUGAAAGGAUCGAAGCAUCCGAACAUCGUGAACUUUAUUGAGGCGUAUCUAUUAAAGAAGGACCUUUGGGUUGUGAUGGAGUACAUGGAGGGUGGUUCACUAACAGAUAUAGUGACCCACAACAUUAUGACAGAAGGACAGAUGGCUCGCGUUUGCAAGGAGACACUUCUUGGCUUAAAGUUCCUACAUUCAAAAGGCAUUAUUCACAGAGAUAUCAAAUCUGACAACAUCCUUCUUUCAUUGAAGGGGGACAUCAAAUUGACGGACUUUGGAUUCUGCGCACAGAUCAAGGAUUACUCCGCUAAAAGGAAUACUUUGGUCGGUACACCUUAUUGGAUGGCACCUGAGGUUGUGACAAAGAAAAGCUAUGGUCCAAAGGUUGAUAUAUGGUCACUGGGUAUUAUGACUAUUGAGAUGAUAGAAGGUGAGCCUCCAUACUUAAAUGAGACGCCGUUGAGAGCUCUCUUCUUGAUUACCACAAAUGGAAAACCAAAACUGAAGGAUCCAGAGGCAUUAUCCGUGGAGCUGCAUAGUUUCCUUGACCACUGUUUGGAAGUAGAUCCAGAAAAGCGUUAUGAUGCUGUUUCACUUUUGGCUACCCCAUUUAUUUCAAAGGCUGAACCUAAUUCUUCGUUAUCUCCUCUUGUUGAAAUGGCCAGGAAACAAAGACUAGCAGAGAGAUCUAAGAAUUAA